AUGGCAGAACAGCAACAACAGCAACCCCUCUUCGGCCUCGUGCCCACCGGCCAUCCCCUGGUAACGGCGCCCUCGUCCAUCCCGACGCCGACGUCCUUCCUCUACGCCAUCCCGAGCACCACGCCCGCGAACCCCAAGCCCUUCUCGCAUCUGGCCGUGUUUCUCCUACCCGGGGUGGCGCUGCCGGACAACACGGCGGCAGCCAUCUACCUGGCGACCAACGCCGAGGCCUUCGCCGCCGGCCGCGAGGAGCCCAACUUCCGCUUCCUCGGCGGCGUCGGCCCGGGCAAGGAGAGCGCCGUUUUCAAGGUCGGCGGCGGCCAGGACGGCGUCGUCAUUGGCAUCAGCGUCGAGGACGCCGCGGGCGUCGCGCAGAGGAUCGAGGAGGGCAAGGCGGCGUCCGGCGGAUCGCUGGUCAAGGCUGGUGGCAGCGGCGGCGCGCAGCCCACGACGCAAGUCCUGGCGCAGCGCAUCAUCAAGAACGCGUUCAAUUUCCUGGCUAGCUUCAGUGGACAGGCGGGCGGCACCGAGGUCGUCCCUCUCAGGGCCUUCGAGGAGUGGUGGAAGAAGUUCGAGAGUCGGGUUAGAAGCGACCCAAGUUUCCUGGAGAGGGACUCGGACUGA